AUGUAUUACGUGCGUAUGGUUACAUGUCAUACUUCUUCCUCUACUUUAAGGCACUCGGCAAGAAAGGGCGGCACUCCUGAUCUUGGGCUCUUCUCAUUGAUUUCUUGUCGUUUGUCCCCCCUUCUUUUUGGGAGAAUUGUCUCGCAUAAUUUCACCGGACACUUAAAGAGAUCGAUGUGUGUUGGAUACCUUAAUCCACAUCUCGCCCGCUAUUUCUCCAACUUGUUUUAUCUUGCACCUUCGAUUCAUCAUAUCCUCUGGCACCACCCGUUCUUUAUAAACCCCUAUUUAUCGGCUUGUCUCUUCCGUUUACUCCUCUGA